UCGAAGGAGGUCAAGAGGUAAAAGGAGAGUCUACUCAACGAACAUUGUGUCUGAAAAUUUAAUGUAAUAUACGCGGAAAAAGAAAAAACAUUUGCACUGUUUAAGGCUAGGGAAGAUAAAUUUUGUACGUAAGAUGGCAAAAAUAACGACUUUUCUAGUGUGGCUUUGCAUUGUUACGCUAUUUACUGAAACCUGUUGUUGGAGAAGACGUCGUCGUCGUCGACGUCGCAGGCCUCCCCCACCUCCACCGUGUGUUCCCCGCGACUGCAUAGUCAGCCAUUGGUCAAAUUAUGGUAGUUGUUCCUAUCCUUGUGGUACUGGUGGUGUUCAAUGGAAAACGCGCUAUGUUAAGAAAGCUCAGAGCUGUGGCGGACAAUGUCCAUAUCAUUUGAGAGAGUCAAAGGCGUGUAACGUAGGGCUUUGUGCAAAUCAUGGCCGACCCCACAGUACAGGCUGCAAUUGCAGAGCGGGAUAUACUGGAACAUGUUGCCAGUAUGAUGUUAACGAGUGUAACUCAAAUCCAUGUCAACAUAUUUGCCGUAACACUUAUGGCAGCUUUACUUGCCAUUGUCAUCCAUGCUAUACCAAACUUGGCCGCCGAUGUGAUCUGAGGCAGUGUCAAAUAAAUGGUCAUCAGUGCUAUUCAUACGGUACUAUUAAUCCGUCCAAUUCUUGUCAGAAAUGCCAUAUUUCCAGGAAAAAAUCAUGGACCAAUGAUGAUUCUUUGCCAUGCAAUGAUGGUGUUCCCUGUACUAGAAACGACCACUGCUCUAAUGGAAGAUGCAUUGGUACUCCAUUCUCAUGCUUGUCAUGUGAAGAGUGUUACAACGAUGCAUGCCGUAUUAAGCCUGGACAUUGUAUUAUCAUCGUGGCAGGAGUACGCACCUGUUUUGCUCAUGGCGAACGGAGGCCAGGAUAUCCAUGCCAGCAAUGCGACAGCAAUAACAUAAAUAAAUGGACUAUCAACAACAACCUGCAAUGUAGUGACCGCAACAUGAGGACCAAGGACGACCACUGUGUGACUGGAAUAUGUGUGGGUACAUUCUACAAUUGUCCCUCAUGUGAAGCACACGAUGGCAGCGGCUGUCCCAUUAAACCUGGUUAUUGUGUCAUACAGCACCGUGGCCAAAAGACUUGCUUUGCUCGGAAUCAGUAUAAACCUGGAAAUCCAUGUCAGUGGUGUAAUCCUGGAGGCACCAACAGCGCAUGGUCCAAUCGAGAUGGUAUGGCAUGUGAUGAUGGGAAUAAGUGCACCCGUGCAGAUAAAUGCAUCAGCGGCCAGUGCAGUGGCAUUUCCUUCACUUGCAACUCCCUUUGUCAAUUCUGUAAUGGAACCAGCUGCAGCCUGAAAACUGGAUUUGGAUUUGUGAACAAAACAUGCACUUGUAAGGUGGCAGGCCAAGACUAUAGUCAACACGCAAUAAAUCCUUCAAAUCAAUGUCAGUGGUGUGACUUGUACGAUACAGCAGCUCGUGCCAACAGUGCUUGGAGUAAUCGUCCAGCUGUGCCUUGUGACGACGGAAACAAAUGCACAAAACAAGACACGUGUAACGCUGGCAGGUGUUCAGGGCUGGGAUACUCAUGUCAAUGGUCUCACCUGGCACCAAGUUGUAUCAAGGCCUCUGUAUGUGUUGGGGAUGGUACUUGCAGGCCUUCACUUAAAUCAAAUAGAACCAUCUGUCGACCUGCUCUUGACGCUUGUGAUCAGCCGGAGAGGUGUGAUGGUAUUCUUGGAGGCUGCCCUGGAAUGGUGACAGAUGACAUUUUUAUUAACAUUGGCGAUGUGCAGAUUGUUGAUUCAAAGCAGCAAUCGCCAAUUCAGUACCAAUAUAUCACAGACAGACUGUUUCUGAAGAUUUCCGGCUUUUCGUCGACCUGUGGUAGCAUCUCUCUUAGAUGGUCCCUGCUUUUGGGCUCCACACCUUGUUCGUUUAAUGCAAAUAUCAGCGGAACUUUAGAGGGUAACAAUGAUUAUCAUACUGUUAGAGGACUAAGCCUUCAAGAUAUGGCAUCUUAUAAAAUAUCUGUGAGGGCAUCCGACUUGAGAGGGAAAACUUACCUACCAGUCUGCAGUAAGGCCGUAGUUAUAGAUACCUCUAAGCCACACGGUGGAUGGAUCCACGAUGGACCUAGAGCCGACCUAAGUUAUCAAGCCUCUACAUUACUUCAAGUAAACUGGGGAGGAGUACAGGCAAGACACGGUGUCAGCUUGUAUAAAUGGAAAGUAAUUCUUAAUUCGUUUGUCUCAAACAAAACAGUCGAACUUAUGCCAUUUAAUGCAGUAAACCUCAACACCAACGCACAAAGGAGCUUUGACAACAUUGAAGAUGGUUCUAAAGUAAGAUUUAUUGUCCGAGUCUACACCAAAGCUGGCCUAUUUUCCGACCUUACAAGCGAUGGAGUUAUAAUCGACACAUCAGCACCUCUUGUUGGGAAGGUAAACGAUGGUAACCAAAUUGGCAGGGAUUUAAAGUGCGCCAACUGGACGAGCACAUUCACCGCAAACUGGGAACAGUUCACUGAUCCACAUUCUCCCAUAGCACGCUACACUUUUGCAGUUCAGCGAGAGGGUACUGGUCUCAUAACCUCAUUCCAGACCACAUCUCAAGGCUUCUCGUCCACAAUAGCUAACGUGAAUCUUAUCUCCAAGCAGAGCUACUGCGCAGUCGUCAGAGGCUACAACAAAGCUGGUCUGUACAGCACAGUAAAUUCUGACUGUUUACUAAUAGACCAUGAUGCCCCACAAGCUGGCAGUGUCAACGAUGGCCACUUCAGCGACAUUGACUAUCAAUCAGACAAUACCAUGAUUGCAGUAAACUGGCAUGGCUUCACAGAUGGGUACAAAGGAAGCGGCAUCUCGGAGUACAAGUAUAAAGUUCAGGAUAGUAGCGGAAGCACCAUCAUUUCCUGGACAUCAGCAGGAAAUUCAACGAACAUCACACAUAAUGGGCUCACUUUGAGUAAUAAUAUAAAGUACUUCGUUACUGUGAGGGCCAUUGAUGCAGUUGGUCUGAGCACUGACGUGACUUCGGAUGGCUUUAACGUGGAUACAACACGUCCAGUUUUCACAGGAAAGAUUAUAGUAACUGGUAAGGAUGACUUCGUUAAUGGCACCUCCUGUGUCUACAUACCUAGUACAUCAUCGGUGAGAGUGACGUGGUUGGGUUUCUCCGAUGCUCAUAGUGGGCUCAAGAGUUACCUGUGGGCCAUUAUUCCCUCGGAUAGCACACCAACAGACUCUGCCUUCAAAGUUGUGCAUGGAGGUAAUUUGCCUACAUCUGCAAGCUUUAGUGGUUUGGCGUUGACCCAAGGGAAAAGUUACGUUUUCAUUAUAAGGGCUUAUAAUGGAGCAAAUAGAUACAAAGAUGCCCACUCGGUACUCAUCAUACCUGAUUCCACCUCACCCUCCCCUGGAUAUCUAUUCGAUGGACCUAAUCCCCAGACAGAUGUCGACUAUCAGGCUGAUUUGAGACAUGUUUAUGCUUCCUGGACAAAGUUCUUAGAGCCGCACACUGAAGUCAAACAGUACUAUCUUGCUGUAGGAAGCUGUAUGAUGGGGAACUAUCACGUUACUGGUAACAGAUUUAUCAAAGUUACCCCUCCAACAACAACUUCCUUCGUGUUAGCUAAUAUCUCGCUGACAAAUGGCCAGAAGUACUGUGUAAAAAUCAAGGCUGAGAACAAAGCAGGAUUGGUGAGCUUGGAAGUAUCUUCAGAUGGUUUCAUCGUUGAUGCAACGCUUCCAAGCGUACGUAAGGCUCAAGUUCGUGAUGGAAGCACAGGUUCAGACCUUGAUUUUCAGGAGAGUAACACAACUUUAUCAGCUCAGUGGGACGGGUUUUCAGAUCCAGAGUCUGGUAUUGAACAUUACGAGUAUGGAGUGAGCAGAAAUCGUGCAGGUUUACCCAAUAUUGUCCCAUUUCAAAACGUUGGAAUGAAUACUUCGGCUGCUUUGACUGGCCUCACCCUGACAGAUGGUGUCUUCUAUGUUAUUGUCUGUGCCUUAAACAAAGCCGGACUUCGUAACUGCAUUAGUUCUGACGGAGUCCUACUUGACCUUUCCCUUCCAAGCCAUGGUGUGGUGCAUGAUGGGAUCAUGGUACCUGAUAAGAAUUAUCAGUCCACUCUGACAAAUAUUGCUGCAAACUGGGAAGGAAUCUGGGAUUUAGACAGCGGAAUUGAGAAAUUUGAAUGGAGUAUUGGCACUAGCAAGCAUAACAAAACCAGUGUUCUAAACUACACGGAUGUUGGUCUCUCAACACACGUUAGAAGUCACGGAAAUCUAAACUUGACCAGUGGUAAAAAAUAUUAUGUGCACUUGAGGGUCACAAAUCAGGCGGGAGGUGUUAGGGAACUUUCUUCAGAUGGUGUUGUUGCGGAUGGGACUCCACCGAUACCCAGCACUAUCUAUCCAGGAUCAGGGUCUCAGAGUAAGUGGAAAUACAACGCCCGAGAGCAAGUCUUCUUUUCUGACGAUACGUCUGCGUUGCAUGUUUACUGGGACAGAUUUUCUGAGCCUGAAAGUGAAAUAUGGUACUACAAAUGGGCUAUAGGAACAAGCAAGUGUGGAACUCAAGUCCAACCACUUAUAAACAUCGGGCAGUCAAACUACGUCAACACUACAAACACAGACUUGGUUUUUAGGUCUGGCGUGAAAUAUUUUGUUACUGUGAUGGCCAGGAACCGAGCUGGUCUUGUCUCUCAAUCGUGCUCUGAUGCAUUCAUCUUUGACAGAACACCACCUCUAGCAGGAAAAGUAAACAUCGAAGAAGCGUCGAGCAAAACUGCUAAUAAAAUUUUCCUCAGUAACAGUAAUGUUUCCAUAUCGUGGGAAAGAUUUACAGACGAGGAGAGUGGUAUAAGCGCGUGCAAAGUUUCAGUACUUGACGCUGCUGGAAAAACAUUAUUCACAGCAUCGUUCAAUGCCUCCUUAAGUAAUCUUACGAUACCCAGUAAUGUUACGCGUCACCCUGGUGAAUACACUGCCAAUGUAAAGUGCAUCAACAAUGCGGGUCUUUUUUCUUUGUCAUCUGCCUUAUUUCUCAUAGACAAUACUCCACCCUUUCCAAAAGGUCCUAUUGUAGCAGGUGUAUCACGUGAUGGGUUUUUCCAGUAUCAAUCUGACAAUGACUCCAUCACAGCAUCAUGGCCUCCGUUUACAGACGACGAAAGUGAUGUAAAGAGCUACUAUUGUGCAAUUGGCAGCGAACCAUACAAGGACAAUAUUAUUCCUUUCGAAAAUGUUGGGUUAGCCACUGAGUUAACGAGGACGAACCUCAGAUUAUCCCAUGGAGAAACAUAUUUCAUCACAGUAAUAUCACAAAACCAGGCCGGACUAAGUUCUAAUAUUACAUCGCUUGGUCUCAAGAUAGAUACAUCACAACCACUUGCCGAGAGCAAAGAUGUACAAGAUGGUAAACAUGACGAAGAUAUCGAUUUCUUCUCCUCUGCUAUUGAAUUGUCAGGUCAGUGGAAAAAUAUUACAGAUCCCGAAAGUGGCAUUUCAGAGAGUGAGUAUUGGGUAGGGACUACCCCUCAUGGCUGCCAAAUUAAAGCAAUGACAUCCACCGGCAAGAGCAAGUCGUUUGUUUGCCCAGAAUGUGUCGCAAAUGAGGGAGAGAGGGUUUUUGUGACAGUCUACGUGACGAAUGGUGCCGGUCUAUCGAAAACAGUUUCUUCUGAUGGGAUGCUGUUGGAUGGCACUCCUCCCUCAAUUGGAAGUGUUAUUGACGGAAGCCAAGCAACAGGAGUGGACUCCUUUGCUGUGCUUGAGAACUGGAACGUUUCUGUGACUUGCUUUGGCGUAGAAGACCCUGAAAGUGGCGUGCAGUCAUGUACUUGGACCAUUGAAGAUAUGAACGCCGUUAUUUGGUUCGAGAAGAAUAUUACGAACCACUCCAUUUCAGAAGAAAAAAGUGUUUUCAUAGAAAGUAAGACCUACAAAGAUCUUGGCUUUGACAAGAGCAUUACAUACUUUAAUGUGCUGACUUGCUGGAAUAAAGCGAUAAUGCAAGCCACUGUGCGGUCUGAUGGCUUCCGUGUAGAAUCCGUUUGGCCCGUUCCUGGUCGUGUUCGAGACGGUCUGGUAAUCGGGACGGACCUCGAUUUUCUCAACAACACAAAGGUAAUAAGUGCCAACUGGGACCCAUUUGUUUCUGACACUAAAGAUCCUGUUAUUACUUACGAGAUAGCCAUCGGGAUAAGUCCGGGCAAAGAAGAUAUUCUCUCAUAUCUAAACAUUGGCCUAAAGAGGAACAUAGAAAAAGACUUAGCACCAGGUAUUCGUGACAUAGAUGUCUUAAAGAGUGGUGCAAAGUAUUAUGUAACCAUACGAGCCACGACUUUGAGUGGUCUAAGCUCAGUGGAACAAUCCGAUGGAUUCAUUGCAGAUCCCAGCCCACCACUGAAGGCAGAAGUGUCAGUCUCACACACAGUUGUCGAUCAAGAGACGCAAACCAUUGAAAUCAGCGUUUCGUGGAGUGGUGUUAAAGAUCUCGAAAGUGGAAUACAUAGCAGUGCAUAUUGUCUGCAAACGAAUCCUCGAACUUGUGGAAGUGGUCCGGUACCAGCAGGCGCAUCUUUGCAAGGUGCUAUUGGACCUUUCAGACCUUAUUCCUGGGGAGAA